GACGUUCACAUGUCAUGUCACUUUCACCAAAAUAAGGGAACGUCACUUCAUGUCCAGCGGAGCUCCUUGGUUUUUGGGGCCGCGGCGCCCAUUCCUUCAGUGAUAUCACAGCAGUUGCAAAGCGUUCGAGUGGGAAAGAGUCCGGGGCCAAACGAGCCCAACAUGACCACCGAGGAGAAAUUCAAUGCGGCUGUUAAUGUUAUUCGAAGUCUACCCAAAAACGGCUCCUAUCAACCGAGCAAUGAGUUGAUGUUGCGCUUCUAUGCCUACUUUAAGCAGGCCACUUUGGGGCCGUGCUCGGAUGCUCGGCCCGGGUUCUGGGAUUUGGUUGGUCGGGCCAAACACGACGCCUGGAAGCGAUUGGGCGACAUGAGUCGCAACGACGCCAUGACGAAAUACGUUGACGAACUACACGCAAUCGUGGAAACGAUGAGCUACUCGGAUAAGGUGGCCAACUUUCUGGAAGCCCCCACCAACGAGCUCGACGGCAUUAAUUUGGACGAUUUGGAGCUCGUGGCGGGGGAUGUGCUGGAGAAGGUGCGCUCUCAACCCAACUCCCCUCUAGCUUCAAGGGAGAAUUCUCCGAUCCGAUUCAUCUCGAGCAUCUCCUCCUCCCGCUCCACAUCGCCCAGUCUGCGCGAAGAGGAGUCGGAUGACGAAUACAUCGACACCAUCGAAGUGCCCAUCGAGACCAAAGGAUGGAGCGAGGAGAAGACAUACAUUCCAAAUGGACAGGCCUUCCAAGAGGAGACUUCCAAAACUCAACAUGUUUCCAGGUCACGUCAGCGUGCUCACACGCAUCUGGUGGAUAUUUCAGUCGACGUGGCUAAAACAAUCGAGUGCCUAAAGGCUGACGUCCAGCGCCUAACCAAUCAGGUGACCAGCCUUGAAUCGUCCAAUGCAAAGGCGCUGGUGCGACGGAAAAGCUUUUUCUCUGGCCUACAGCCUCAACUGUUGGUUUUCCUGCUUGUCUGGCCUUUCCUAGCUAGUUUUUUAGUGAAUCGAUGGGUGCUAAAGAAGUAAUCUUAGCCUGGUCUAGUGGUGACAGUGAUAUUAAGAGAAUUUUUAUUUUUGUCUGUUGGUUUGUUUGUCUAACGUAAGUUUAAACGGUGUAUAUUUUAUUAUUGUUGUUUUAAGCAUGUGAGUAUUGGUUGUAAAUUCUAUUUUAUUCGGGCCCAAAGACCAAUUUUGUUUUUCCAUUUUUUUGUUUUGUUUUUUUUAUUAUAUCCUAAGAAUGGACGGGAUCUAGAUUAAGUAACCUGAAUAAAAUAAAUGUGGGGCGUUUAUGUACUUUAUAUCUGGCGGGUUUCGGCGUUCUUUGUGGCUGAUUAUUAAAAAUAGCGCUGAAAUCCGCCAGAUAUAAAGUACUUGAUCACCUAGAUGUGGUUUUAUUAAA